AUGGAAAUGCAGUGGCAGCUUAUAAGCCAGGGGCGCCGAGGCGUAUUUGAGACGGACUUUGCUGGUCGCGCGUGUGUUAUCAAGGAACGCAUUACGAAGAGCUACCGCCUUUCAGUGCUGGAUAAAAAACUCUCACAUCGUCGUUUGAUACAAGAAGCUCGAUGUAUUCUCAAGUGUCGUCGUGCUGGGGUUCUUACACCCGUCAUCUUUCUAGUAGAUGAAGAUACGAGUCGCCUUUACCUGGAAAAAGUCCAAGGUGGUAGUCUGAAAGACUAUUUACGACGGGCUUAUCAGCUUGAUCUUAAUUAUGGCCCCAUGGCGUUGAAAAUGGCCUAUCAGAUUGGCGAAGCGAUUGCCAAGAUGCACGACGCUGAUAUUGUCCAUGGUGACCUGACAACGUCUAAUAUGAUGCUGAGCAGUGAUGAUGCGACGGAUGUGACGAUGAUUGACUUUGGCUUGGCUAAUUCGCAACCGCUACCGGAGGACAAGGCCGUGGAUCUUUAUGUCAUGGAGCGCGCGUUUGCUAGCACACAUGUCAAUUCGGAGCUCUUGGUCGAAGAGGUGCUGCGCGCGUAUCGAGCAAAAUCUCGUCGCUCUGACGCAAUUUUCCAGAAGCUUUCUCAAUACAUUAGAACGCGGAAUGAGGUGAAGGAGAAAGUACAAGGCCAGGAAGCAGACAAGUCGUGA